GAAAAAGCAACGCUUGUUCCCAUGCGCCCGUUGAUCCAGCCCUGAGAGAAGAGAAAGUAAGUUUUUGUCGUGAGAGAGGUGGGAAAUUAGCUCGAUACCUCCUCGGCAUGUAAAAAAUAGCCGAGAGCGACAUCAAUAUCGGGGCACUGCCAGACCCAGAGUGAGUAUUAGAUGUUUCAAAUCGGAUGGCGAUCGCAAAAGAGCGACUUGCUGACUUCUCUCGUCCACUGGAAAGUUCUAAGAUUGGUCCUGUGAUCUUUGUCGAGACGUUUCGCGGCAUCUACCCUAGAUACAAAAAUCGAGCUAGGGCGUUUCUUGGAGCGAUAAUUCAUUGAGAGCAGUAUUUUCGAGUGAGCGUGCACGAAUGCAGAUUACACAAAAUAGUACUGCAUCACUCGCGAAUUACUCCUCAAUGUGAACAAUAUUUUGUUUACCGACUUUUAGAGGUUACGUAAAGCUAUUGGAGCUUGAUGCCGAGCUCGCACCACUAAGCUGCAUCUGGGCUGACACACUGGUGUUGCAAUAUGGUUCUAGUAUGAAGAAUAGCACCUGCCGACUAUUGAACGCAGUAGAGGAACUUGCGCCGUUGCAACGUGGCCUACCGCUAUUGCCAAGCAAAAACACAUCUUCUUUGGGCCGCAAACACGCUCGUCGAGCCCGCGGGAUCACCAAAACGUGAGGGAGGCCUCAGUGGCGCAGGGACGAGCGACGAUGGAAGGUGACGCAAGCGCAUUGAAAGGGUCGUCCCCUCCUCGAGUACCGAGCAAGAAAACCACAAAGAUUAUGUUUAGUCCGCAGCCCGUUUUAGUGGUGCCGGAGGGGAAGCCGGGAGCUCUACCAAUCGACUACGGGAAUUUGAAGGGCGGACUCGCUGCAUUGCUGCCCCAGUCUCGGGCUGCGCCUGCGAUAGCAGCAACCGCAUCAGCACAGUCUACAACUACGACAAGUGACAAAUCACGAGUACCUGCGAACGGACUCGGAGAUGUCAAGAUUGACCGCGACGUGCACUCCGGGUCACUGUCCCUCCCAGUAGUACCUUUUCCGAAACCGCAACCAAUUCAGAAGGUCGUUACUCAGCGCAUUGUCUUUUUUUUGAAGAACUGCGUGAUGAUCUUUCAGGUCCUAAGGUCAUCUUAAUCUUAUAUGAUGAAGAACAUGAUAUUGAUAAUAUGCGGAAACACGUACUGUUACGGUUGGUGUCCAUUGGAAAACAGGAACAGACUGCAAUCGGUUUGACUGCGGCCACCGGUCUGCGCGAACACGAGAAUGACUUGGGAAAACUGGAAAUCUCGAGACUCGAGAUACUGCGAACAGUCCUCUCCGAGGCCGACAUCGUACAUUUACGACGAGCCCGUAACAGCACCGGAUUUCUACAGGACGAGCCCGCUGGAUUUCUUCCCCUGGCCGUUGCACUUGCCACUGCUAAACCAAAUGCGACGAUUCCAAACGAGUAUAGUCUCAGCUGAUUCUUUAUUGCGUGCGCAGUUUUUGCACGCGAUUUGUGCAUGUUGGUGCCUUUGGGCUUUUGUUGCUGCGUGAUCAUGAAGAGUUCGUGCAAACGAUUUAGGAAUAUUGAUUAGCGUUGACAUCGGUUCCAUUCCCAACCGAAAAAUAUACAAUACCAGCUACACGAUAGUCUUCAAGAUGCCAGAUUACACCAAUGAGACGCGACCCGGUACGCCGGCUCCGCCGGGAAGAAAAGGUCUUGCGGCCCACCAGGAGGAUCAACGAGAGAGGAGUGCCAGGGACACGACGAAGGCCAAGGGCAAGCAGCAGGUGAACCCCGAUGAAAACGAGUCGGAGCCCAAAACAAAGCGUCCGUGUUUCGAGAAGGCACCCGCAACGGCCAAAAGUAGUACCAGCGCACACCAGCCGCAAUCGAAGAUGAAAGUAGAUGAAGCGCGUCCCCAGACCCCGGCUGCCGCCGGGGCGAAAGCUCCAGCAUCCUCUGCGCGAGACCCGGGACCGGUGGAUGCGGAGUUUUCCGGCCCUCUGCACGCCCGCAAAAUCUCGCUCCUGAAAGUGCUGCGGAACCAGUGUGAGGAGGCGUUGCGUUGGUAUCUGGCAGCUUCCUACAACAGCGCCGCCAACCCGGAGUAUCUCUUGCGUGCUUCCAAAACGACCAGAGACAUGUGCGGCCUGGCUUUGUUCAUUGGUCACGAAAUGAAGAAAUCGACAUCUUCUUCGAGAAUGGACAAAGCGAAAGUUCACGCGAUCGACGCCAUUCUGUGCGACGUCAACAAUUGCGCAGAUCGUUGUCAGAUUGGCGGGAAGAAGCGCAUCGGCGGCCCAGACAUCCAGUCCGGCCAAACGGACAGCACACUUGGCUGUGUAGUUUGCGGCAGUGACCAGCGGAACCGCGACAAGUCGAUCAAAGCGCAGCUGAGACCGCGAGAGGGAGAGUUUUGUGUUUGCCGGGGCCAGAUUUGCGGCUACGUCGUAGCGAAUCGCACACAGCAGGACCACCAGCCACAGCGACAAGGUACGAUGACACCGGCGUACGAGAGGAAAAUGGGGCGACGGCCAAAUGUGUGGAAAACGAUCGGGUGCGACAGCAAAGACGAGGCCCGAUCUGCCAGCGGUUUAGUCGCGGUCACUGCACAGACUAUGGCUGCGACGCUGUGGUCGCGAUACCAGCUGACUGAUGCCACGCAGGUCUUCAUCAAGGCCUGCAUUACUGAACAGGUUGCGUCUGGUUCAUCAAGUGGCACUAGUUCGUCUAGUAGUAGUUCGUCUAGCAGCGGAACCACAAAUCUCGAAUCGGAGAGCAGACUUCUCGCCGCACUCAACACGGAACUUUCUCUCCUUGGCCACAUCGUCGACAACAUAAACUCGGCGAUAGUGCCACGCGUCUAUUCUCUCCGUUCAUCUUCAAGGGGUGAGACGGAACCGGAGACUUUGCAGGCCAAUGUCUACAGCCUCGACAAAGCCAUCAAGCUGGAGUACGGCCACAACCAGCAAGCUAUCAUACGCAAAACAGCUAGCAGGUCACAUCUGUAAUGCGAAAAUAAUCGAACAGAAAAUAAAAAAGAAGAAGAAUGAAAAAAUCUAGGCUCGCCUAUUCGCAUGCUGGUCUUAGGCGAAUAGCGAGACUCGAACUCGAUGCAGAUUUUUUGUGUGUGUCUAUUUUCUUUUUCGCAUUACAAAUUAUGAUAUGCUAGGCUUUUUCUUUUUCUGCGGGAUACAAGCAGUAGCGGACGGGGAAAGUGGUACGGGAAUAAUUCUGGAGCACUGGGGCCCUUCCCUGAUAGAUGUAAUAGAGAAGGCUGCGCGGCCAGACCUUUCUUCACUGAAGACCGCUCUGCAGUGUAUGCGGCCUGUUUACCUGAAAUUUAUAGCGGAGGUCGGGAGAGCCUACAAGGCGCUGUGGCUCGGUGGAGUAAUUCACAAUAAGAUUGCCCUGGAGCACAUUUUGAUCCGGCUUGACGACCAUAAAGGUAACUGUAGUCAUUUUUUUGGGCGCGUUGGCUGUGUGGAGGUUUGUUGUAUGGCUGGAAUAUCAUUGAAUGUUUGUUUAUUCGGCAGGCACAAUUGAGAAAUUAGUCUUCUGACUUCUAGAUAGUGAACUAAAUACUCAUCUUCUGGUGGCUGACACUAGUCGCUAAGGACGCAUCUUCAUUCGGACGCAUGCUUAAAAACAGGUGCGGAAGGGCAAAAGCUGCUGGUCCCAAACGUGAGGUUGGUCUCCUUUGCAGAGGCCGAGCUCGUGGAGGAUUUGGGUGCUGAACUUGCUGCGUGGUGCGAUGGCGCAAGUGUGAAAACGCAAGACAACAAACCAGAACAGUCCGGCACGGAAGGCUCGCGGAUUAAGAUGGAAAAACGAGUGCGGUCGUUGACUUCAUUUUACCCCCGUGCGCCGCCGGUAGUCUUUAUGCUUCUUCAUGCUACGCGUUGUAGUUCUACUUGUUUUAGAUUUAGUCGUUGUCUAGAGCAGUGCGCAUGAUGCGUUUUCGCUUGUUGUUCUUGCUGCCGUGACAGAAGUAUUCUCGAAUUUUAUUACAACGGACUAUCGUUUUUGGGUUUGGUUUUCCUUUUCGAACGCGAAAAAUAUUUACACAGAUGUUGGCGCCGUCCUACGCCGUUUGGCGCUCCACCUCUCCCACAAAAGGUGCUGACGUAUUCGGAACAUCAACUACCAAGGCUAGCGAACCGGUUCCCGAAGCCGAUGUAUUUGGGCACGAGCUAAUGGCCGUAGCGGCGCUUGUGACGAAGUUCCGAGUGCGGGUGGAGAGUCGCUGUGAUCCAGACAAGGGCCUCCUUUCCCCGGAAACGGUAAGAAGGUUUGUCGACUGCGAUAAUUUCCAAGAAUUCCUAGAGUUGGUCCGGGACUCGGACGUCCAAAAUGUGCUAAUCAACUCCACCCGCCUCGCGUUUGGGGAGGUGUUCGCCGAGUAUGUCAAGGAAAAAGUCCUUUCGGAGUCGCAGCUACCGAACAGGGAGGAGAAGCAGUGAUAAAACAGGAGAGAGAUGAGGUUUAUGUCUAAACUAUCUGCACCCUGAAUUUUGGUACGAUAAUUGAAAAGUAAUGUAAGAACAACUCUCUGUUGACGCUUGACUCGUUUCAGGAUUGCUGAACUUCUUGUAAGAUUUUGAGUUUAUUCGAGCUAGUUGUACCGGUACAACAAUUUGGUGGAGUGUGGUUGAACUUUGCGGAAAAUGAAUCUCACUUCUCACAUUCACGAAAACCCUGCGCUUCGUGACCAAGAGGAGCCAUUGAUGUUUCACAGAUACUAAAAUCAAUGACAAAAAAUGUAUGUUGUCAGGUUUAUCGUCCACACCCAACGAGCAAGAAUCUGAUGCGAAUAUCAACUGAAGAUGAAAUAGAAACAGAGACAAGUGAAUGAUACUUCUUGAUGUGGCAGGAAAAAUACUUUCUAACCUGCAACAGAUGCAGAAAUCCAAUUUCGAGUCUGAGCAUGGAUUUUUUGACAAAGUGGCCACCUGUCUCGUCACUCUGUGUGCUUCUACAGCAUUGUUUCUCGUUGUCGC